AUGCCGCUAGUCGACAUUCCAAUCUCCUGUUCCUCAGCUAAUAAUCUUGAAUUCCACAAAUACUCUUUUGACGAAAUAAAAGCAGUCACCUGCGAUUUCUCCGACAAUUUCAAACUCGGAGAAGACGACUACGGUAAUCUGUUCAGGGGAGAAAUAAGACAAACAACGGUUGCAGUAAAAAUCCUCAAAGAGAACGAUUUUCAGUUUUGGCGGGAUUUCCAAAGCCAGAUUGAUAUAUUCAAAGAUAUCGGCCAUCCGUAUUUGAUACGGAUUGUAGGAGCCUAUUCCGAGCGAGAUUGUAUAAUAUACAAAUAUAUGUCCAAUGGAAGCCUUGCAGAUCAUCUCAGCUGCACAGAUGCCUCUCCACCGCUCCCUUUCUACGUCAGAUUUCGUAUUGCCGCCGAAGUAGGCGUGGCUUUACAAUAUCUGCACAGUUUAGGGCCGGAUCCAAUCGUCCACGACGAUCUGAAACCCCAAAAUAUACUCUUGGACGAGAAUUAUGAAUGCAAAAUAAGCGACUUCGGCUUCUCUGAUCUUCUGCCAAAAGAUCUACACUCAGAAUCGGAGCUAAAAGGCACAAUUUCAUGUAUGGAUCCGGAAUACCUGACAAACGCUGAGUAUUCUAUUAAAUCUGAUGUUUAG